CUGUCGAGCCCGCGCGCCAGCCAGCCAUCGAGCCCGGCAUCAAGCGUCCCGAGCAGCCCGAGCGCAGGUCUGUACACGACGGCGCCGCCGCUCUUCCCGCCCACAUUCUUGCCAAGCUCGCCGCUGCCGCAAUCGGCGUCCGCGACCCCCAGCACCACCACCACCACCACCACCACUACCACCACUUCUACCAAUCAAGGAUUGACAGCCGCUGCUGCAGCACUCGCACCUCUGGCGUCACCACAGCGCGCGCUGCCCCAGCCAGUGGAGAUUGAGCGACAGCGUCUCUAUUCGUCUGCCCUCACAUUCCUGCUGGAGGCGGACGCAGAGUUUGCCAAAUGCCGCAGCGACAUUCUAGACAACGUCGACAACCUGGGUCUCCUCCAGCUCGACAUUGUGUACUGCUACUUGAUGCUCCGCGACGUGACCUCGUUGCCGGACGCCACGCGCCGACUUGCCACCUGCGAAGCAACGCUCAAGCGCAGCUACGGUGCCAACUUGGAGCGUCUGCGGCGAACCCGCGAGGGUGCCGUGCCCCCAGAAAUGGUCUUUCUCGUUCGUCUCAAGCUGCUCAAGGCUGCCGUGCUCUUCCACGAGACGGCUGCGCGCCGCCCAGCAGCAUCAGGCUCAAACCCGACAGCAGUCGCUUCGGCCGUCGUGUCGGCGCGUGCCGAGUGCUCUCGUCUGCUCGAGGAGGUGACUCGUGAGAUUACCAGCAUGAAGCCCGACCCGGCAGCGGUGGAGCAGCUCAUGACGAUGGGAUUGACGUCGACGCAGGCUCGCGUCGCGCUUCGCGAGCCGAACGACGUCUCCCGCGCCCUCGAGCUCCACUUUGCCCACCGGCAGCAGGAGCAAACGCACCGCGAGCAACACGAGCAAAGCCGCUUCAACCGCGAGUUGCAGCGUCGGCUGGGACGCACCACUCGGGGCGAGUGGGUUGACGUCAAUCUUUUCCAGUACCUGCACUCGACCGGCUUCCCCAAGCACGCCGCCGGCGCUGCGCUGCGACAGGCCAACAACAACCUGGAGAUUGCCAUGCAGCUCCUGACCACAUGCCCGCAGCUGUUCGCCAAGCCCACGCAUCAUCGCCGACGGACGAGCGCUGCCGGCUCCUCCGGCUCGGCUCCGCCUUCGCCUGCUGCCAGGAUGGGUACGGGCAACCUCGGCGACCUUACCGCAUUGCUGUCUUCGAUGGGCAUUUACAUGCCAGCGGAGCGCAUCCAGCAGACGUUGGCAGAGUGCGACGGCGAUCUCAACCGCGCCUUCGAGCGACUUCAAAAGGAGCAGUUUGGGGUUGAGGAUGCUCCUGCCACCCCUGGUUCCGGAGCCAGUGCCACGCCCGUUGACAGCGACGACGACGACGACGACGAUGGGUUUAUGGACGAUACCGAGCACACCCGCCAAGUGAUUGCGAACGAAAUCUUGCCCACCAUUUCCAAAGAUUCUCUCGCCUAUCUUGACAUGAAUCUCGACGAAGAGGAGUCUGUCGCACACUUUUAUCAGUCCUUGCUGGCCAAGUUGCAAUGA